UCACAAAAGAGAACGAAACAAAGCGAGCGCGCGCCUCUUCCGUCGUCGUCCGUCGGUUUAUUUUCGCACAAAGAGGGCAACAAAAAGGGAGGAAAAGUCCGCGCAACGGCAGUGAAAAUUAUUUUCGCGUCCGAGUGAGGGAAAAUUUCCCAACAAAAGUGCUGCUGCCGGAUUUCAUAAUAUUUACGCGUCCCCCGGGCGGUAAAAAUUCCCAGUGAAAAGUGACGACGAUCCGAGCAGAAAUGAGCUCCUUCUUCGACCUGUUCGAUCCGACGGCCUCGUCCUCGUCGGAUGGCGGUGGACACAGCCCAGGUGGCAAAACGAACAACAACAACAACAACGGGGACGAUGACGACGACGACAUGUUCCUGUCGUACGACGAGAUCAUGCAGAAGAAUAAUGGCAACUCGUCGAGCGCCAAGCAGCAGCCGAUUCCGACGACGACCUUGAACCAUCACCGCCACCAGCAGUAUUUGCAGCAGUACUCGCCGACGAUCGACUUUGAUCUGGACAUUCUGCCGCCGGAGCCGCAGCUCGGCAACAUCGAGUACAAGCUCAAGUUGAUCAAUCCGUCGAAGCAGCGAUUUGAACAUCUGGUCACGCAAAUGAAGUGGCGCCUGCGGGAGGGAAACGGCGAGGCCAUUUACGAGAUUGGCGUGUCCGACUCGGGUCAGCUGCACGGACUCAGCGAAGCGGACAUGAACUGCUCGUUAACGUGUUUGAAUCAGAUGGCGCGCAAGCUGGACGCGUCGACGUCGGUUCUGCGGCGGAAGAUGCUUGCGGCUGGGCGGUCUGUGGUGGAAGUUCUGGUGCGGAAGAUCCCCGACGAUCAGCACAACAUUGAAGUGCGCGUGGCAGUUCUUGGCAGUGCCGAUGCAGGCAAGUCUACGCUGCUGGGUGUGCUGACGCAGGGCGAGUACGACAAUGGCCGCGGUCGAGCCCGGCUCAACAUGUUCCGUCACAUGCACGAAAUUCAAACCGGUCGAACUUCCUGUAUCUCGCACGAGACGCUCGGCUUCGAUCAGCAGGGCAACGUAAUCAACUACAAGUACAAUGAAAUGAUGACUGCCGAGGAAAUCAGCGAUCUCUCGACAAAACUAGUCACAUUUAUGGACCUGGCCGGCCACCGGCGGUACCUCAAAACGACAGUACAAGCCCUCUCCGGGUACGCGCCCCAUCACGCCCUCAUCGUGGUCGGCGCCGGUUCCCAAAUCAGCAACAUGACCAAGGAACAUCUCGCCAUCGCCGGCGCGCUCGAUCUGUCCUUCUGCGUCGUCGUCACCAAGGUGGACCUCGUGCCACCGGACGACGUUCUGUACGAGCUGAAGACCCUCCUCACCGCGGUCGGUUACCGCAAAGUGCCAUAUCUGAUCAGCAACGAGGACGACGUGCUGAACGCCAACGCGCACCAAAGCCAAGAGCAGAUCGUACCGAUAUUUUGCGUGUCCAACGUCACCGGCGACGGGCUAGACCUGCUCACGAAAUACCUGUACGUCCUCUCGCCCGGCAUCAGCAACUCCGAGAAGGAACGGCUCGAGCAGGAACCGACCGAGUUUCAGAUUGACGAAAUCUUCAAGGUCGCCGAAGUGGGUCUCGUCGUUGGGGGCCUACUCUGCAAGGGAGUCAUCACCGAGAACGUCCAGCUGCGGAUUGGGCCCAUGGCCGACGGGACGUUCCACCCGGUGACGGUGCAGUCGAUCCAUCGCAACAAGGCGGCCUGCCGGGUCGUCCGAGCCGGCCAGAGUGCUUCGCUGUCGUUUUACACGGAAAGCAGCCUGCCACCGCUACGCACCGGAAUGGUGAUUCUGCCCGAUUACGAGGAGGAUGAGAACGCGUACGGGUCGUACUUCUUCCAGGCCCGCGUGUCCGUCCUGUUCCACGCAACGCACAUCAACAAGGGCUUCCAGGCUACGAUCCACAUCGGAAGCAUCCGGCAAACGGCCGUAAUCGAGGGCAUCAUGGGCAUCACCGGUGGCAUCGGCACAAACCAGACGGCGUCGGUGCUGUUCCGGUUCGUGCGCCACCCGGAGUACGUGCGGCCAGGCAUGCGAAUCCUGUUCCGCGAGGGCGCCACCAAGGGCAUCGGCAAGGUCACGCAGGUUUUCCCGCUGAACGCGAAGAUGGAUUAGAGGAGGGUUUGUUUUUUUUUGUACGUUCAGGAAACGUAUUUUUUUUUUAUCUUGACGACAACACUUACAACAACAAUUUUGUUCUUACGUUUUUAACGAUGAAUCAGUGUGUAAAUAGCAGCAACAGCAGCAGAAAAAAAACAGCAACAAAAAAAGAAAGUAACAUUUAUCUGUGAUUUCGUAACUUUUAGCAAAAAAAAAA